AUGCUCCGUUCAUCUGUUGUAAAGAGAUUUUUUUCUCGCUCAGCUCCUCGUUUGGAUACUUUGAUCUUGAUAGAAGCAGCAGGUGGGAAGAUCUCACCAGCUUCACUUUCUACAAUUAGUGCUGCUUCUAAGAUCGGCCAACCCAUAACUGCCCUCGUGGCCGGAACACAGGGUGCUCAAGUAGCUGAAGAUGCUGCAGGAAUUGGCGGAGUUUCUAAAGUUCUUGUGGCUAAAGAUUCAAAGUAUGAUCAUUAUUUGGCAGAAGAAUUAGCUCCUUUAAUCAAAGAUGUUGUAGGAUCUGGUUAUAGUCAUUUAUUUGUUGCAGCAUCUGCUGUAGGUAAAUCAUUAUUGCCUCGUGUUGGUGCUCUUUUAGAUGUUCAACCUGUUUCAGAUGUGAUUUCUGUAGAAUCAGAAAAUACCUUUAAAAGACCUAUUUAUGCUGGCAAUGCCAUUGCUACUGUUAAAGCACUUGACUCUACCAUUUUGGCAUCCAUUAGAGCUUCUGCAUUCACUCCAGCUGUUAUGGGUUCUUCUACUGCUGCACCUGUUGAAGAAUUCACCGGUGCUACUACCGAAUCUGGAAACCGUACCCAAUUUGUUUCUGAAGAAUUAGUUACUUCUGAAAGACCAGAAUUAGCAGCUGCUACAAGAGUUAUCGCCGGUGGUAGAGGUCUUAAAGAUAAAGAAACUUUUAACAAAUUGCUUGAACCUCUUGCUUCUAAGUUAAAUGCUGCAGUCGGUGCUUCCAGAGCUGCUGUGGAUGCUGGUUUCUGUGACAACUCAUUACAAGUAGGUCAAACUGGAAAGAUAGUUGCUCCAGAAUUAUAUAUUGCGGUUGGUAUCUCCGGUGCCAUUCAACAUUUGGCGGGAAUGAAGGAUUCAAAGACCAUAGUGGCCAUCAAUAAGGACCCUGAUGCUGCUAUCUUUAAUGUUGCAGACAUUGGGUUGGUGGGUGACUUGAAUGAAGUUAUUCCUGAAUUAACCAGCAAAUUAUAA